AUGGACGACUCCCCCGUCAAGACCGAGGGCGGCGCCGCCCGACACCGCGCCGGCUACAAGUCGUGGAAGAAGAAGUAUCGCAAGAUGCGCAUCGUCUUCGACCAGAAGAUGCACGAUGGCGAGGAGCUGCACAAGCAGGAGGCUAAGGCGGCUGCGCUCGUCAAGCGCCUGGCCGUGGAGAACGACCGGCUCCUGGACAUCCUCCUGGAGGUCAACAAUUCCCCCCAGAUCCCCCCCGAGAAGCAGAUUGACCUCUCGCUGGAACCUUCCUCAGACUCAACGGCAACAAUCCUGCCGCUGGAUCGAGAUCGCGCGACCCGGAAGAACGAGGCCGCCAAGAAGCUCGAGGACCUUCUCAGCAACGUCCCGCACUCAUCAUACAACCACGCCAAGGAGGCCCUCCCUGCGAUAGUCGACGACUUGAAGGCGCCCGAGGGUGAAUCACACCCAGCCGACUUCCUCUCUGCAGACGACGUCGACAAUUACAUCUACGAAGUCGACACUGGCAUCGAUCCCGAAACUCACAUUCCUACUCUCGCACCUAAUGCUCAUCCUAACACCCAUCAACCGCCACACCCCAACCUCAAGAACCCAACCAGCGUCACCAACUGGCUGCGGAAGCACGCCCCAAAGAUCUUCCUCCAGGAUGGAGAAUCCCACGCUGACGCAGAGGACGGCGAGGGUGGCCACACCGGCGGCCGCAAGACGCGCGGUGGCAGGGGAGAGCGUGGUGGCCGCGCCAGCACAAGAGGCAAGCGAGGGAGCGCCGCAGCCAGAGCAUCAGCAGCGGCAGACCGCGAGCGUGGCGAUUGGGACGCCAGCAUGGACGAUGAUGCAGACUUUGGAGCCACGCCCGUAGGCAGAGGAAAGCGCAAGAGAGACGACGACGGAGGCUACAAGCCCCGUGGCUCCUCAACCCGGCCAACCAAGAAGAAGCGGAAGAGCGAAGUUGAUGGAACUCCCAGCGUGCGCAAGUCUAAGAAGGAAGCCGCUGCUGCAGCCCGCGAUGACUAG